UUUGCUGAGAGCUCGUGCUGAGUCUCGGUGGUGACGUGUGUCUCCAGCGCCCACCCGCUUUGCGACACAACACAGCACAACAACACGGAGCCGGGGCGAAGCGAGCCGAGGAGGCACCAGUCGCCAGAUCCAGCAUCGCUAUGGGAAUUACAGCACUACCGCAAAGCGAGAGGCUUUUCACGUAUAACCCAGAGCGCGUGCUUGUCCCCGAGCCUGAGUGUGUGAAGCGGAGCGGAGUUACAGGCACCUGCCGGAAAGCGCGCAGUCAGGAGCGAGUGCAGCGCGCGCGGCUCGGCUCCACAGCGAGGUGUUCCACCUUCAGCAGCACAAGCCAGCUCUCUGUGCACCUGCCCACGGUUUAAUGACGACUGCUCCAUUCAGCCAAGCUCCAAACAACAACAACAACAACAACAACAAUGUCCAUCACCUGGACGCUAACACUUUUCUAUACUCUGCUUGGUGAUGUCUUGGUCCAGGCUUUAACCUCCAGCCCAGACACAGAGGGGUCUCUAUCCCCCCGUCACUACAGCCACAUCGACCCUGACACAGGCACCCAGCUUGUGUGUGACAAAUGUCCAGCAGGCACGUACGUUUCAUCCCACUGUACCAAUAGCAGUGUGCGAGAGUGCACCGAGUGCCCAGCGGGCACAUUCACACGGGGUGAGAACGGUGUUCAGCAGUGCCACCGCUGCCAAAGUCACUGCCAAGCUCCUUUUGUUGAAAAGUCUCCUUGCACAGCUACUACAGACCGCGUGUGUGUGUGCCCGCCUGGCACCUACGCCAAGGCCGGAGAGUGCCUCCACCACCCAAUGUGCCUGCCUGGUUGGGGUGUGCGGAAACAGGGGAGCAAGAUAGAAGACGUGCGCUGCCGCAGAUGUCCGCGUGGCACCUUCUCCGACGUGCCAUCGCGUGUGAGGUGCCAAACGCACACGGACUGCCAGGCGCUAGGAAUGCUGCUGCUGCUCAAGGGCACUGACAAGACGGACAGUGUGUGUGGAACCUCAUCGCUAGGCCCUGUCUCAUCAUCCUCACACAGCAGUGACCCUGCACUCAGAGUCCAGCCAUCAGCAGCAACUGUGGAAUUAACAAAUCCACAAACUACCCUUGCCAUGUCAGACAUCCUGACCCCCACAAGCCCCUCGGAUGAAGCAGGGGUUCUGAAUUCUCCAACACCGAAUCCCUUGCCAUCGUGGAAUCUCCUGCCGGCUAAUCAGCAAGCUCUGUCGGAAAGGAAGAGCCAGGGUUUGUCCUACAGGCCCAUCAGGAGAGGCUCGCCUCGGCCAAGCAUGCACAAGCACUUCGACAUCAACGAGCACCUGCCCUGGAUGAUCGUGCUGCUCCUGUUGCUGUUUCUCGUGGUGAUUGUGGUGUGCAGUGUUAAGCGCAGCUCGCGGGUGCUAAAGAAAGGGCCCAGGCAGGACCCCAGCAGCAUCGUGGAGAAAGCCAUUCACAAGAAGCCCAGCUCUCCUGCUGGGCACAACAAGGAGAAGUGGAUCUACUACUCCAACGGCCAGGGUGUUGAUAUUCUAAAAUUGGUGGCAGCCCAGAUUGGCAGCCAGUGGAUCGACAUGUACCAAUCCCUGGCUAAUGCUAACGAGCGGGAAGUGGCUGCCUUCUCCAAAGGCUACUCUGCUGACCACGAGCGGGCAUACGCCGCCUUGCAGCACUGGACCAUCUGUGAUAGAGAUGCCAACCUGGCCAAGUUGAUAAAUGCCCUCCAUCAUCACCGGCGCAUUGACGUGGUCGAGAAGAUCCGUGGUGUCAUGGAAGACAAUCCUCAGUUUGAUCUGAACCAGUUGAUGAUAGCUGUGAAUGCAAGCCAAGGCGCCAGCCCCAGCCAUAAACCUCUGGAUGCGGUGGGAUUGGUAGUGGAGCACUCACCACCUGACCGCACCAAAGGCUUCUUCACCGAUGAGUCUGAGCCACUGCUGCGCUGUGACUCCACCUCGAGCAAAGACUCAGCCCUGAGCCGCACAGGCUCUUUUAUUACCAAAGAGAAGAAGGACACGGUUUUGCGGCAGGUGCGCCUCGACCCGUGCGAUCUGCAGCCCAUUUUCGACGACAUGCUGCACAUCCUUAACCCAGAGGAGCUGCACGUGAUUGAGGAGAUACCUAUGGCCGAGGACAAGCUGGACCGUCUGUUUGAGAUCGCUGGAGUCAAGAGCCAAGAGGCCAGCCAAACGCUGCUUGACUCCGUGUAUAGCCACUUGCCUGAUCUCCUAUAGACGUGUUUCAUUCAUUGCUACUUACAGACAUUUGCAUAGAGUGAACAAGACAGAGAGCAAGAGAAGGGCAGACAAACAACCAUACACAAUCCACCAUGCCCUUCUGGAAAAGCCACACAAGGGUCUUUAAGCAUAUUAAAAGCCAUUGCUAGCCAAAUGUAGCUUAUAUGCAUUGUCCUCUUUACACUUUGGAGCUUCUCGUUUGUUUGUUUGAUUAUAGUCAUACAUUCAUAAUGCUGUAACAUACCAGCAUAUUCACUGCUGAACAAUGUCUAAAACUAAUGCACAUUAAUGUAAUUGACACUUUAGUUAGAUGAUUUGCAAGCUCAAUCCUAGAUCCUACAGCAUUCUGCCAAAAUGUGUUAAACAAAAAAAAAUUCCUAACCAGCAAAGCCUUUUUCUGUUUUUGCUCUGCAUUUAUUAUGAAUACUGCUAUUCAAGGAUUUCCAAUGUGAAUUUAUGGGCAUUGAACAACAACACUACUGGCUGCCACGUCACAAUCAUGACUAAAGAUAUGCAUUUAGUACUCUACUUGAAUUGGUCUAUCAACAUGUGGAUGCGCUUCUCCAAGAAAUGAACAGCGAUCAUGCAAACAUUAUUUAAGGCCCAGCUGGGAAGAGAAGAAGCAACACUUACUUGGCUAACUGAUUUUUGGAAAUCGCCAGGGUCAAGAGCCAGGAGGCCACUUAGGCCCUACUUGAUUCUGUGUACAGCCACCGUCUAUAGACCUGUUUAAUGGCUACUUGCCGACGCUCACUUAGAAUGGACAAAUAAGGGCAAAUAAAUAAACAUACACUUACACAGUCCCUGAAAAACUGCCAUGUUGUCUAAUGUCCUGUACACGCAAGCUUGAAAGGUCACACAGGGGUUUCUACACAGUAAAAGCUACUGCUAAUCCACCGUAGCAUUUGUGAACUGUUUGCCUUGACACCUUGUCUUUACGCUGUACCAUCUGUUAAACUUCAGCAUAUUCUCACACACUUGUCCUCACAAUGACUUUGACUAAAAGCGUUUAUUGGUAUUGAUGUAACAGUUAAACCUAAUUCCUGAUCCUACAGCAUUCUGCCAAAAUGUGUUCGUUUUGACUGCAUUUAUUGAGCACUGGUGUUGCAGCUUUGUGUAAUAAUGUCUAAGUUGAUUUUAAAGGGCAUUUCAAAGCAACACUACUGGCUGCAACGUCAUUCAUGAAUGAAGCUAUGGAUUUGAAUAUUCUGCUUGAAUUGGUCUGUUGAUAUGUAGAUGUGCUUCUCCAAGAAAUAAACAACAAACACGUGAUACUUCAGUUGAGCCCCAGAUCCUAAUGGCAGAAGCAACACUGGGACUUGACAGAGGUUUGUGCAAGGAUGAAAAAUACACCUACAGAAAGUAAUUUUGUUCAUGUCGUUCAUAUUUCAGAUGAUGAUAUGUGGUAUGCAGAAUCUAUCUUGUGAGCUAGAUGUAGCUAAGUAGUGAGCUGUUCAGAUUCUACUGUCAGUCCUCAAAUGUUGGCAUUCAUACCUCCUCCCUUUUGACAACAAGGUGCACAGGGUUACUUGACCUUUGUUUGACUGUCAAGGCAAAAAGUAUGAAGCUGAAGUAUGAACAUUAUAUUCCAGUCACAGAUUUAAGACUUAAAACAUGUAACCAAUAUAUUUACUAUUAUGUAAGACAAGAGAUUGAUGACUGACCAAUUAAAAUGAAAACAUUUGUUACA